UUUGGCGUCUCGGAUGCGGACAUCCAGGAGCUCUUUGCAGAGUUUGGGACCUUGAAGAAGGCAGCUGUGCACUAUGACAGAUCUGGCCGCAGCCUAGGGACAGCGGAUGUGCAUUUCGAAAGGAAGGCAGACGCUCUGAAAGCGAUGAAGCAGUACAAUGGCGUCCCCUUGGAUGGGCGCCCCAUGAACAUUCAGCUGGUCACAUCACAGAUUGACACACAGAGAAGACCAGCACAGAGUGUAAACAGAGGUGGCAUGACCAGAAACCGCGGUGGUUCAGGAGGAUUUGGUGGUGGAGGAGGCAACAGGCGAGGUACUCGUGGCGGGAACAGAGGGAGAGGCAGAGGAGCUGGAAGAACUUCUAAACAGCAGCUCUCCGCAGAAGAACUAGAUGCACAGCUGGAUGCUUACAAUGCCAGGAUGGACACCAGCUAAAGUGGCG